AUGUCCCUUUUAAAACUAGCUUGUAUUGGCGAUUUAAGAAACAUUUCCAAAACUCAACAAGCCUUAGUCAACACAUUUUCACUAUAUUAAAGAACUUUGGAAUAUAACAUCACGCUUGGGCCUAAAGAGUAGAAAAAUUAAGGAUUAUUUUUGACUUUUCCAAAGUGCCUUUAGUACAUCCAGAAUGUUCUUGAUAGAAUGCUUUUCGAUAACUCUAAAUCAGAGGAAUUCGAUGUCUUUCCUCUAAGAUUUUGGAACCUAUUUGAAAGAGCCAAGAACGACUUCAAAGCUCUUGAAAUCUAGAACAUUGGGGCAGACUUUGAGCCUAUAGAGUCUUACUAACUCAAAGCUUAUCAAUUAGAGAGAAAGGAAAAUGUGUUCAUAAAUUAAAGAAAUAGUAUAGCUAUGUCAGACGACGAGGAUUUAAUGAUGACUAUGAUUAUGCAUACUAAUACAGAGCUGCUGAAUAAGCAUUAUAAUAAAGAUGAGGUCUAGAAUUGCAUAAAAUCUGACCCUCAAAUCACUCCUUCCAAAGAUGAUUUUUCUAAGCAAUUGCCAAAUUUACUUAAUAAUGAUUCAGCCACAUUCAUUAAAGAAAAUAUAAAAAGGUUUGAAUAAUAAGUAUAGCGAGAAAUCACUUAGCCAUCUGAAGAUUUAAGACCCGGUCCAGGAUUUAUGGAAAGAUUAGUCAAAUAAUGUGGUCUAGCAGAGGAAAUGCUAGAAAAGCUGAAAGAAUAGCAAAUUAAUGACACUAAUAUUGAAUAUUUGUCUUUUGAGGAUUUUAAGUAGAUGGGCCUUCCAAUAGGCCCAUCUAGGCAAUUAGAUGCUCUUUUGAAGAAAAGCAAAGUGCCUCCAUAAGUGUUAUCUCCAGUGGUUUAAAUAUAGCCGCAGCAGUUUAAUCACAGCAUAAGCCCAUAGAAUAAUAAACCCUUUAUCAGCAAUAACGGAGGCUAUAAUAACUAAAGUAAUUUUUAGAAGCAGAAUAUCUUUUAGUAAAAUAAUCGGAAUAAUUAUAUCAACAAUAAUAAUCGACCUGGAAAUUAAUACAAUAAUAGUAAUGGGAAUAAUUCAAAUGUACAAGUAUCUAAAUGGAGAGGCAAGUACAGAGGGAAUCAUAACUUUAAUUAAAAUAACAGCCAUUAGUAGCAAUAGCCUUUGACUGCUUAUCAAAAUAAAAGAACAGAUGCAGAAGAAGAGGAAUAAAUAUUCAAAGAAAUUAAAGCUUCAGCAAGGCCACUAGCUAAGAAGCCUGAAUCUAUUGGAAAAUCUAAGGCGACUCCACCAGGCAUUUUGAAGAAAAGAGAUGAAAAACUGCUCAGCAAAACUGCUGGUACAAUAAGUCCAAGCAAGUAUAGUUUAUAGGAAAAAUUCAUUAAAGAGAAGGUUGUUGAAGAUAACUUGAAUCUGACACAAUAAUCUCAAGAUGAUUCAACUCUAACCUAGAAUUCGAUGAUAGAAUGA